ACCGCGAGUUUGGCAUCAUCCUAUGCCAUCCUCCUAUUGGUAGGUUUUAGAUGAGCAUCGCAGCAGUGCUCACAUAUCUAUGAAAAUUUUCUGACACUGUCAGAACUUGGCACUAAACCGCCACAUUGUAAGAGCUCCGAUCUCAACUCGCGACCAAAGAAUUCUUUUACGAUGUGUGAUUGUUGUCUACGAGAGUGAAAUUGGGCCGAAAAUCUUACAGUGUAAAACUGUUGCAUACCAACCACUAGUACUGAGUUGCUCAGUACCUGAGUCGUACAUCCAUUCUGAUGCCAGUUUCUUUGCACCAGGUAGGAGGCGUGGCCUAAAGUAUGAACCUGUUUUGUCUGAACUACCACUCCAACCAAGCAUAUUUUGCUUAAUGGAUUAUAUCUGGGAGAAGCAGGGCACACAGGCGUACAUUUCAGAUUUAGUCGAAUCAUUCCUUUAAUGGGUGCCAUGAUGGCACACAGCGUUAAGCCUUGCCAAGUGAUAGCUCCAGGGUGUUGGGUUUGAUCCUGAGCUUGGGAUUUUCUGUGUGAAUCUUCACAUGUUCUCUCUGGGUAUAAAACAUGCCAGUUGGUGGACAAUGUCUGUGUGCCAGCACGAUGGACUGGUUUAUCAUCCAGGGUGUACUCCCAACCGGUCACUGCAACAGUCAAAACGAAUAGCCUAUUCCUUGAAUGUAAUUUUUAUUUUAUUUUAUUUUUAAAGCAAUGUCUAGUUAUUACACUUAUCCUAUAUAACUGCUUCUGUAAGACUCUAGAUCUUAUUCUUAUUGCUUUUAAAAUCACAUUAGGGGGAGUGAAAAAAACCCACCUCACACCACACACGCUGAAUGUGAUUGGUUGAGCGCAAACCGUGAUGCCCCUCCACGCGCGAGGGGCUUCCUCUAUAAAUACAGCGUUGGCGCGCGGCGUCGCGCGGACUCCACGACUGCGUCACUGGUGCCGAGGUAUAGCGCGCGCGCGGAAUCGGAAUCGGAAUCGUCGUAUCCCUCCCCCCCCUCUGUCCGUUCAUCAUCUUUACACCAUGAGUGAGAGACCAGGAUCCGGAGCACCGACUGGACUCAGCAAACCCUCAGGGGCUGACGAUGCAUCCAAGAAGGACGUCCCUCCUGACGACUUCGACAUCGACCUGGACGCCCCCGAGACGGAGAAGGCCGCUGUCGCCAUCCAGUCGCACUUCAGAAAGUACCAAAAGAAGAAGCAGGACACGAAGCCAUAAGCUGAGCCGGCUGAACGCGGCCCGAAGCUGUUUGCAUGUUUAAUAAAUCGCACCGUCAUGGACUCGAGGGUGGGGAUUAUGGUUGUGGUGAAGGGAAAAGGGACUUGAAGUGAAUAAUCGUAUCGUUUCGUCUGUCACUGGCAUCCAUCUGGAACAAUAAGCCUGACUGUUUCAGAUUCGAGUCCCCUGUCUGUUCAUGCUCGUGGUAUCUCUCUGCACUUUAUUGCUUUUUUUUUUUUUUUCCUUCCACUGAUUUUCUUCUCGUUUUCAUUUACCGCUCAGUGCUAACAUUUUUAAAAGAAUAUUUCACCCUGUACGUGUUCAUUUGUGAUCACAAUGUGAAAUGACAAAGAAAACGAAAAAAAAAAAAAAAAGAAGAUACUGUAGAUGUUUGGAAUCACUGUAAAUCUGGCUUUCUUACGACUACAGAGUUAUUUGGGGACAACAAAGCAACUCCAGAUUAUGAGCAAUCCAAUCAAUCGCAUACUUUACGAUUGCAUCACUUUCAUGCGCACUGGUUACUGUGUUCAUAUUAUUUAGUGUCGUCUGGCUUCUUCACUGUGUUUUGUGCUUUAACCUUUGUUAACCUUUAACCAUCGUUUCCCCACAAAAAAGUGUUUGUGCCAUGUGCUACACUAUACCGUCCAUCCAAUACUUUGAAAUGAUAUAAGCGAGUGAAUAAUACUGUGUGAAUAAAUAUUUAAGAACAGAACGGACGGCUGCCAUGUUGUGCAUUUCUGCUGUCUUUUCUCCCCCCUCCCU